AUGAACGGAUACACAAUAAACACCUUGAUGAUUAUAGUGAUUUUAGCAUCGUUGCCUUAUAGCUCAACGCUAAGUUUGCCUAGCGGGGAUCCUGCACCGGGAAGGUCACCUGGGCCACCCACUAUUGAAGAAAAAGAAACAACUGAUGAUAAAAUAGCACCCAUAUAUGAUGAGACAACCACUAGUGAAGACGUGAUAGAAGUUACAACAGUGAGUGAAGUGGGAGUGAGUGAUAAAACUGUGGAUGUCAGUGAUGCUUGUGCCUUCGCGCGAAUCCCGAGCGAUAGUGAUGAGAUUGUUACUGUUGGUGAUGAAGACAGUGAUGUGAAUUUGACGCUUAGCCAUCCGGUGUUCGAGACCGAUGAGUUGGUGCGAGGAGUUGUGUACGAUGGUGAGUAA